GCAGCAGCCUCUGCAUUAACUCUGUGCAACUCCCGGACUCUGCGCCCAGUUCUGCGCCGUGCUAUAUGUGUGUGGACAGAGCUGCACGCCGCGCAGAGACAGCGGGAACCGGAUCCUCGGGCGGGGUAGAUGGACCUGGCGCUGCUGAAGCCAGGGGCGCGAGGUCCAUCUGGCCCUGACCGUCCUCUGGGGGCGCGGGUGGCAGCGCCUCGCCCGACACCAAGCGCCGCGGGCUGGGAAGGGGGAGGAAGGCUCGCGGGAGCGUGUCAGGGCUGCCUACUCCGCCCCUCUCCUUCCCCGCGCCCCGGUCCCGCCACCUGCACCUGAAGCCGCCCUGACCACUGCCCCCAUCACCGGACUCGCGACGCAUGCGCGACGGUUGGCCCCACCCUCGCUGUGGAAGCCCGCGGCCCAGAUCCGUGUUGCUCACCGGAAGGAGUUGUGCAAUGGACCGUAGCGCGACCGGAAGGGGGACGCUGGUUGGGUGGGACACAUCCGCUUUCUUUUGAUCGCCGCGGUCUCCGAGUCCCAGAGAGCUACUGCUGCCUUGUCCUCUGCGACGGUUCUGGGUCGGGGCCUCCCUUUCGCUGCCUGUAUGGCCGCCUCCGUGAACUUUAAAACUUAUGUGGAUCAGACUUGUAGAGCUGCUGAAGAGUUUGUCAACAUUUACUAUGAUACGAUGGAUAAAAGAAGAAGGGUGUUGGCUAGACUUUAUCUGGACAAAGCAACAUUAAUUUGGAAUGGUAAUGCUGUGUCUGGACAAGAAGCACUGAAAGAAUUUUUUGAAAUGUUGCCAUCUAGUGAAUUCCAGGUUAAUAUGUUAGACUGCCAACCUGUUCAUGAGCAAGCUACUCAAAGCCAGACAACAGUCCUUGUAGUGACGUGUGGGAGAGUAAAAUUUGAUGGCAACAAGCAACGUUACUUCACCCAGAAUUUCUUACUGACGGCACAAGCUACACCUACCAGCACAGUGUGGAAGAUUGCAAGUGACUGCUUCCGCUUCCAGGAUUGGGCCAGUUAAUGGGGACUCAGAGGUGAUUGCUUUCCCUCUUCAUUGUGUGACUUUAGCUCUCUGGACAGUCAUUCUCUAAACGUGGAAGACCUUUAUCCCUUCUAGUGUGCCGUUCGUUCUGGAAGUACUGCAGAUCUGUGUUGUGCUAGUCCUAGUGGCCCAGGACUUAAAGGCAAAUGUAUUUUUGAAAUGGAAGAAGUUUGCUCAAGUUAAUUGGGCCCCUGUGAAAUAUUUAAGGCAGUGAGCCAAAGGGCAUACCCGUUCCUGAAGUUUGUGUUAGUGAUUCACUUAUGUAAUGUUGAAAUCAUUCCUGUAAAUGCCUUACUUACAACUAUCCUGCUGCUUCAGGAACUUUUUCAGUAAUAUUGAAUGCUAAAAUCUCCACUGCUUGAACAGUGAAUCCAUUUAUACAGAUGUGCAAUCAUUUCAGCUUAGAAACACCAUCUUUGAAGCAGACACCUAUGACAGUGAGCAAUGGAGUUAGUUGCUCCUAUGUGACGUGUAUGAAACUUUAGAACUGCUUAUUUUGAGCCUUGAGCUUGAUCUGGCAACAAUUAGAGUUCUUUUUUUUCCAGUAAGAGUGGCCACAUCAAAGUAACUUCUCAUAUAAUAGAUGGGAGAGAUCCCACUUGGAGUUGUAGUGUCACCAAUGAAUUACAUGGUUUGGGGGAUGGGGGAAUAAAGGGAUUGGUAAAUACAGUCAUGCUUUCUGCUUCCUCUCUGGAAAUUGAAAAUAUAACACUUGAACAUGUGUAAACUCUCAAAAAAUCAUCUGUUGUAAAGCCAAUGUUUAGUGUCCUCGAUGUACAAGGAAUACAACGCUUAUCAGCUUUCUCCUUUGGCUUAACCCUGUUAAUAUUUGGUUAGGAUCACUUAUGUAGAUCUAGGUCCACACUAACAGCUCUGUUGAAUGCAAAGGGAAAGGACAAGCAUAUUAAGCUGAUUUGAGAAGCUGCUUCCCUUUCUUUGGAAGUCUUGGAGUAUAAGCUACAUAUCAGUCAGCUGUUUCAUCCUUUGUUUUCUAUAGCUAGUAAUUUCAUUAUUACUAUGAAGCACAACAUACUUAUUUUAUUGCAACUUUUUCUCCUAUUUUGAAUUUGCAAGCUUUUACCCCAUCAGUCUGAAACAUUAUAGUAGGAAAGUGGCAUUGAAAUUGUAUAUAUGAUAUGCUAGUCAUCUCUUUAGUGCAGUUGUUCAGAGUAGAUGCUUUGACUACUGUGGUCCCAGAAGGAUAUUAACCUCUCAACAUGAGAAAACUUUAUCUUCCUUCAAUCCAAAGUUAAUGCACAACUUUCAUUUGUCUUUCUCCUGUUUGGUUUUUAUUAUGGGUUUCUCAGAAUAUGGUUACCUUAAAUUGCUAUACUCUUGUUUCUAUUUUUUAAAUUUUUUUUAUUGUUUUAAAGUUUAGAGGGUAGCUUGCUUUCUUAACCUGAAUUAAUGCUUUAGAUCUCAGGAUGGCAGCACUUUGUGUUCAGACUGCUAAAAUCUAAGUUGAGCAAAUUAAAAGGAUGGAAAUCUAGUCACAUAGUAAGUACUUGAAAACACACACUCUGCUUGUAAGUAAAAAUCUCUUUGACUGUAACUUAUAAAUCUGAUCUUAAUUUCAUCCUGACGGAUGUUUUGACAAUUCACAAGGCUGUUACCUUUAUACUUGUAAGGCUGGAAUAUGUGACUGGGAAACCACUCAUUUUAUUCCUUAUAAAUCAGAAAACAGAAAAUAAACCAUAUUUUAAAAACGUAUGUAUACUUAACAUAUGUUUUUAACAAAUAAUGGUAUAAGUUGAUAUAAAGAUGAAAUGGUUGGCUGCACCAGUAUUGAACUUAAAGGGUUUCUAGAAAUGUUUAUAUCAUUAGGUUGGAGAAUUUGUAAUAUAUUGUCCAACUCUCUUAAAUGGAAAUUUUUCUAUAGUUAAAGUCGGAAAUGGUCUCUCUAAAGUCCUUGCUCAAGAAACUUUUUCCUCUGUUUUCCUACUUUUGAGAAAACAGGAAUCUAAAAAUGGCAUAAGGACUACAAAACUGUUUAACGUUGUAGCUGUCGUAAAUGUAUUGCGAUUGUGUGCAUAGUGGAGGAAAGAUUGACCUUUUUAACUGUGUAAUGUCAUCUUGCAAUAAUGUUGGGAGGUUUUCGUAUCUUUUCUACCAGAUCAAAAGAAGAAUUAACGUUGAAGUUACCUGCUAAUUAUAUAGCAUUGUUGAACUGUGGUGGUGUUGUAUUAUGGUUACAGCUCACUGUUUCUUACAGAUGAAAUUCAUAUUCCUAAUGUAUCUUGUCUACAUAUGGUAUCAGUAUAACUUUUCUCUCUAGAACAUUUAUGGGUGAAAUUCCAGCACUAGGCUUCUGAAUUAUGAAGACAUUCAGUCUUUAGAACACAACCACAUUUAUACUCAAGUAAAUAUUUAUUUAAAAUUAUUGGGAUGACGCCUUAAAUCUUAAAUUAGCAUGUAAAAUUGUCUAAAACUUUCUGUCACAACAGUGGAAGUUUUAGAUGUAGAUGUAGCUGUUCUAUACAUUCUGUUCAGAUGGAAGCAGGUUUGGGCUUUAAGUAUGGCUGGUGCUCUGAGUUCUUACUAUUUGAAGCAUAAUUUAGUGUGUGCACAAACUAACCUAGUUGUACAGGCUCUGCCUUCCAUUGUGCUUCAUGUUAAUUUCACAGUUGGAAGUGGAUCUUGGCUGUUGCUAGCAUGGAUUUUUGUGGAAUUGGUGGAAGUGAUGAUCUUCCGCACUAUUCUUCCUGCUUCCCUUCAGUAGAGCUAUAAUAAGGUUUUGGCUUUGGAAGUUGUUGAUGGUUAUGUCCUCGUAGCUGGAGGUGAUCUGCCUUAAAGAAAAGGAGCGUACUCAGGCUGCCAUAAUUGCCUGCUAACCAAAAUUCUUAAUACUUGUGCAAAAUCAUAAGAACUAAACUGCAUAGAAGUCCAAACACUCUGAUGCUUUCCCUUGCUAUUCAAAUAGUAAAUUCUGGGCAUGUAGCAAAGCAGUCAUACAAAAUCAAGUUGAAAAUCUAAGCAAAUGCAAAUCCUAAUACCUUUUGCUUAUCUUGUAUUGCCUCCCUUGGUCAACUUUGUUUGACAUUCUAGUUAUGUUGCUUUGCUCUUUUUAGCAUGCCACAAGUCAUUUAAAGUGCUCAGUGCUGCCAUUUCUUGGAGGGAAGUAUUUUGUCUUCAAAGGCUAGGUAACGCUUGUUAUCUGAUGAGAGAAUUCUGAAAUAUAAAGAAGUGAUGCUUUUUUAACAUCAAAAUAGCUUUCCACAAACUUGAAUGUUUUAUAAUCUUUUGCAACUAUUUAAGACCUCUUGUAAGGGUGUCACUUUAAAAAAAUCGUUUGAUCUGGUACUUUAUUUUUAUUACAAGCUUUCAUAGUGUUUUCUUACUAUAUUAAAGUUCAGGAAAUAACAUUUGGCUCUUCAACUUUGCUGUUUGGGUUUUGGCAUUGGGUUACAUAUGUUCUAAUUAUUGCCACCGUAUGGUACUCAAAUGGCUCAGAACAGAGCCACCAGUGUACACGCACGCUCCUUGAUGGUGGUGGUGUCUCUCCUGUGAUGAGAAAAAUGAACUGAUGAUGGCAACUGAUUCCACAGUCAUGUGCAUCAACAGUAAUGCAGCAUAAUUGAGGUAAAUGAUACUUCAGAGCGCAGAAGUAAAAACUCUGGGGAAUGCGGCAGUUCCCUUGGAUAACAUUCACUGAAGUUUACAUCACCAUCUAACAAAUUCUAAGAAGUCGUCAGCCAAACACAUAGUGUAUGCAAGAUGCUUGGACGGUAAAUGUCUUCCUUGCCCUUCCCCCCAGGCAUAGACUAUGCCUAUGCUCUAUAUCGUCUAUGGAUAAAUAGAACAUUCACCCAAAGAACUAAAUUCACAAUGUUUUUCCUUUUUAGCAUCAAGAAUGGCUGAGUUCAGUAGACCAAUUGGCUACUAAUGUUACAAGUUUACACUCAGGUGCUGACCACCUUCAAUUUUCAUCAACAUCAAUAGCAGUUAAGGGUGCUGAACUCAUUGGAGGGUUGGUCACUCAGUGAAAAGUGCUUUACAUUUUGUUUAAAUGUGAGCCUAAAAACUCUGUGCUGUACCUACCUUGCGGGGACUCCCUGAGGCUGUCCUUUGGGCUGGAAUGCUGCCUAGAAUCUCUUUAGUGUUGUGGCUCCACCCCCACCAUGCCCCUCUCAUGGUGGCACAACAUUUUUGUACAAAACUUGUGACGGGUCCUUGGAGGACAGCCUUACAGUUGUUUUUUGCAUUGCCAAUUCCCCACGGCCUUUCUUGCUCCUCUGGACAUUUUACCUAGCAUAAAAGUUCUGGAAUGGGGGUGAGGAGCUUAAAAAGAAGUAGGGCUUUCAAGCGAUUAAUCACUCUGUUAAACAGUUAGAAUACCAUUUAUUUAAAUAUAUUUGGAUGUUUUCUACAUUUUCAAAUAUUUUUGUUUCAGUUACAACACGGAAUACAAAGUGUACAGUGCUCACUUUAUAGUCAUUUUUAUUACAAAUAUUUGCACUGUAAAAAAUAAAUAGUAUGUUUCAAUUCACCUCUUACAAAUACUGUAGUGCAGUCUCUACUGUGAAAGUGCAACUUACAAAUGUAGAUUUUUAUUUUUUGUUUGUUUGUUCUAUAACUGCACUCAAAAACAAAACAAAUUAAAACUUUGGAGCCUACAAGUCUACUCAGUCCGACUUCCUGUUCAGCCAAUCACUAAGACAAACAAGUUUAUUUACGUUUACAGGACAUAAUGCAGUCUGCUUCUUAUUUACAGUGUCACCUGAAAAUGAGAACAGGUGUUCACAUGUGUCAUAAAUAUAAAGGGAAGGGUAAACCCCUUUAAAAUCCCUCCUGGCCAGAAGAAAAAUCCUCUUACCUGUAAAGGGUUAAGAAGCUAAAGGUAACCUCGGUGGCACCUGACCAAAAUGACCAAUGAGGAGACAAGAUACUUUCAAAAGCUGGGAGGAAGGAGAAAAACAAAGGGUCUGUGUCUGUCUGUAUGAUGCUUUGGCCGGGGACAGAACAGGAAUGGAGUCUUAGAACUUAGUAAGUAAUCUAGCUAGGUAUGUGUUAGAUUAUGAUUUCUUUAAAUGGCUGAGAAAAUAGCUGUGCUGAAUAGAAUGAAUAUUCCUGUCUGUGUGUCUUUUUUGUAACUUAAGGUUUUGCCUAGAGGGAUUCUCUGUUUUGAAUCUAAUUACCCUGUAAGGUAUCUACCAUCCUGAUUUUACAGAGGUGAUUCCUUUACUUCUAUUAAAAGUCUUCUUGUAAGAAAACUGAAUGUUUUUUUUAUCGUUCUAAGAUCCAAGGGUUUGGGUCUGUGGUCACCUAUGCAAAUUGGUGAGGAUUUUUACCAAACCUUCCCCAGGAAGUGGGGUGCAAGGGUUGGGAGGAUUUUGGGGGGAAAGAUGUGUCCAAACCACGUUUCCCAGUAAACCCAGAUAAAGUUUGGUGGUGGCAGUGGAAAUCCAAGGGUAAAAUAACUUUGUACCUUGGAAGUUUUAACUUAAGCUGGUAAAAGUAAGCUUAGGAGGUUUUCAUGCAGGUCCCCACAUCUGUACCCUAGAGUUCAGAGCGGGGAAGGAACCUUGACAGCAUGGCACUGUUGUAGCCAGCAUUGCAAGGUAUUUACGUGCCAGAUAUGUUAAACAUUCGUAUACCCCUUCAUGCUUUGGCCAUCAUUCCCGAGGACAUGCUUCCAUGCCGAUGAUGCUUGUUAAAAAAUAAUGCAUUAAUUAAAUUUGUGACUGAACUCCUUGAGGGAGAAUUAUGUCUCCUGCUCUGUUUUACCUGUAUUCUGUCAUAUAUUUUAUGUUAUAGCAGUCUCAGCUGAUGACCCAGCACAUGUUGUUUGAUUUAAGAACACUUUCACAGCAGAUUUGACAAAAUGCAAAGAAGGUACCAGUGUGAGAUUUCUAAAGCUAACCACAGCACUCAACCCAAGAUUUAAGAAUCUGAACUGCCUUCCAAAAUUUGAGAGGAAUGAGGUGUGGAGCAUGUUUUCAGAAGUCUUUAAAGAGUUACAGGACCUGAACCACCAAAAAAGAAAAUCAACCUUUUGUUGGUGGCAUCUGACUCAGAUGAUGAAAAUGAACGUGGGUCAGCCCACAUUGCUUUGGACUGUUGUUGAGCAGGACCCAUCAACGGCAUGGAAGCAUGUAUUCUGGAAUGGUGGUUGAAGCACGAAGGGAUUUAUGAAUCUUUACUGCAUCUGACAUGUAAAUAACUUGCAACACUGUCUACAACAGUGCCAUGUGAAUGCCUGUUCUCACUUUCAGGGGACAUUGUAAACAAGAAGCGGGCAGCAUUCUCUUGCAAAUUUAAACAAACUUGAUUGGCUGAACAAGAAGUAGGACUGAGUGGACUUCUAGGAUCUAAAGUUUUACAUUGUUUUGUUUUUGAGUGCAGUUAUGUAACAAAAAAUCUACAUUUGUAAGUUGCACUUUCACAGUAGAGAUUGCACUACAGUACUUGUAAGAGGUGAAUUGAAAAAUACUAUUUAUUAUAUAGUGCAAAUCUUUGUAAUAAAAAUAAUAUUAAGUGAGCACUAUACACUGUAUUCUGUGUAAAUUGAAAUCAAAUGUUUGAAAAUGUAGAAAAAAAUCAAAAAUAUUUAAUGUAUUUAAAUUGGUUUUCUCUUGUUUAACAGGGUGAUUAAAACCAAUUAGUCACGAUUAAUUUUUCUGAGUUAACUGCAAUUGACAGUGCAAGUCAUGGACAGGUCAUGGGGCUGUGAAUUUUUGUUUAUUGCCCAUGACCUAUCCAUGUCUUGUACUAUAAAUACCCCUGACUAAAUCAUAGCCUUACCCAUCAUCCACUCAGUCCUUGGACUCUCUACAGAGUAUGACAACAUUUGCUUGAUUACCUGGUGUCCACUAGGACUCAUGCCUCCUAAAACAGUAAUUCAGACCCUUUAGUAGUUGAAUGAGUCCCAAAAUAUUUAGCUAGGUGCUACUGGGGGGGUCCUGGAGGGAGCCAAUGCUCUGGGAUGGGGCACAGCUAGGUGCUGUUGCUCUGGAGGAGAGGGAGCAGCACCAGCUGCCGGGGGUCGCAACCCAGCUGCUGCUGGGACCGAUGCCAGGGGUCGCCGAGCUGCAGCUGCUCCUGCUGCCCCUGGGACCGGCUGCACCGGUCACUGUUCAGGCAGUCUGGGGCCAGCUGCCCAAGCAGUGGCUGGUACAUCUGGCACCCGGGGUGGCUCAGAAAUGGCCGGUGCAGUUGGCUGUGGGGGCAGCUGCUUGGGCGGCUCUGGGGUUAGCCACGCUGGCUGUUGCAGAAAUCAUGGAGCCCUAACAACAGGGAAUGAACUAUUGUCUCACCCCACAAUGAUGGUCCUGUUGCGAUGUAAUUUAGACACCUUGACACAAUACUGAGGGAGAAGCUUGUAGGAUUGCAGUAUAUAACUUCAAUAUCUGGGGCUAUCAAGCAAACACCAUUUCAGGGUCUACAGAGCAUUUGUCUCUAUGAUUCAUGUGAUCCUGCUGAGGCUGCCAGUCAGUGUCAAAUGUCUCAGGGGUUUUUGUGAUGUGAAAGUUUGGCUGCUUGGUAUGGGAUUGAGACCCACCAAAUCACUCCUUCUAGCCUACUGAAUCACUACCAGGCACCAGAUCCUGUCUUAAAUAGAGAUUCCAUAGUUAAAUACUUCAUAUUUUGCUGUGUAUAUUCAUUGAAACAGACUAUGCUAGAAAAAAACAAGUUUAAAUUCUAAUGUGCAAACCACAUAAUUAAAUCUUUAAAAAAAACCUGCUAUUACUCCAAAGUGAAUGAAUGGAUGGAUGAUCCUGUGUCAUACAAACAGUUUAAAGUCUUGGUGACUCUACGGGAAGCUAUUCUGAACAUUUCUAUUCAUCUAAAUGAAAUGUUUAACUAUGUGGUUACACUAUGAACUCUUCUUUUUUUCCCCCCGUCACCCACAAGAAAAUGGAAUUGAUUUAGGAGGCCCAGUGCGACAAUGUUGGCUUCUCAAAAAAGUUUUGUGAAGUAUUUAUUGUGUGCACCCCCGUUCAAGGAAGCAUGGUUGGGCCAAGCAUUCCAGUCUGAUCCUCCUGAGUGCUAAGCUUUCCCAUCUCCCACUGAAUCAGAUGUAGAUCAACCCUACUGAAACUCAGGAACUGAGGAUACCCAGCACCAUGCAGGAGCUGACACUGACCAACUGCACCAUGGGGCAUUUCGAUAGUAUUUUUUGUUAGUCAUGGAACCUAACUCAUUCCAUGAAUUUCUUCCCCAAUGUGCCUACAUAUCUGUCUUCCGCUUUGAUUGUUGAUGAUUUGUGGAUAAGAACGGAGUAAGGGCUACAACACCCAGAAAUACAGUGCAUGCAUGGAGCAGGAAAACAGCAAAAGACAACCCAAAUACCUAUUUCCAUCUUUAGUCAUAGUUGGGUUCUAUAUCUCCUUAAAUAUUAAACUGCUCAGCAUUCAUAACACAAAGUGAGUUACAAUCUUUGAGAAUUAAUGCUACUUGUUCUGUGAUGUGGGGUGGCAGCAGGGCCAUGCCAAUUAACCAGGUGCUAGGUAGUUUGUAGGCAUAGUGAUAAUCUCUAAGCAAGACCAGUUUGUAUUUCCUAUGAGUCCUGUCAGGGAAAUAAUAUAACUUAUUUUCAGUUGUGUAGCUUCUUUUCUUCGGUAAUCAAGUUUUCAAAGCAUCCCUCCAACAAGACCCUAAUGCAGCCAAGGAAACGAUGUGUCAAUCUUGGUAGAAGUCAGUUGAGAUACAGCGUAUCUUUUUAGAAAGACAACCAGUCUAGUUCACCCUGAAGUUGUGGGCUGACUUACACAGGAGGACAGAGUAGAUGAUAAAUAAUGGUUCCUUCUGGCCUUAAAACCUAUGAAUAAUAAUAGCACUGAUAGCUCUUUACAGAUAUUAAAGUGCCAUUAUCAGGUAGUUUGGGACCCUCUUUUCUCUCCAAAUCACUGCUUUACAAGCCUAAUAUUUAUUAAAUACAUUUUCAUCUGAUUGAAAAUAAUUCAGUGAAAACUUUGUUGUUGAGGGUUGGUUGGGUUGGCUGUAAAUAUCCCCCUCCAGCGCUGGCAACACAGACAGUUGCAUAACUGUCUCGGACCACAAAGACAUAUUAUCAAGAAUUGUUUAGUUUGUUACAGAAAGAAAACUAAAGACUUAACUCUUAUUUCAACAAGUAUAUAACAGAGUACUAAUAACUACAGUAAUUGUCUUAGAACAUAAGAAUGGCCAUACUGGGUCAGACCAAAGGUCUAUCCAGCCCAGUAUCCUGUCAACUGACAGUGGCCAAUGCCAGGUGUCCCAGAGGGAGUGAACCUAACAGGUAAUGAUCUAGUGAUCUCUCUCCUGCCAUCCAUCUCCACCCUCUGAAAAAUAGAGGCUAGGGACACCAUUCCUUACCCAUCCUGGCUAAUAGUCAUUAAUGAACUUAACCUCCAUGAAUUUAUCCAGUUCUCUUUUAAACCCUGUUAUAGUCCUAGCCUUCACAACCUCCUCAGGCAUGGAGUUCCACAGGUUGACUGUGCACUGUGUGAAGAAAAACUUCCUUUUAUUUGUUUUAAACCUAUAUAAAUAGUAAUUUCAAGAUAUGUUGCACACACAUUUUGCUGCAGAAUACUAACAUUUUAAUUAUUGAAAUAUGCAGACAUCAUACACACACAACACUGUUUUAUGUAUCAAAACUGCUGUGUUACAUAAGGCACAAUUUCCUACAGUGUAUCUUCUAUGUUAAGUACAGAAGAUUAAAUCCUGGCUCUACUGAAGUCAAUGGCAAAGCUCCCAUAAUACACUAAACAUAAAAUUAAUAAGGGCACUUAAUAGCCUAUCAGUUAAACAAUUUAACUGUCUUACAGAAAAAACAAUAAACAAAGGAUGGAGUUGAUGUGGUUGGAAUGCCCAGUGUAUAUUUUUGCAUAUCUAGGUUAGUUAGAGAACUUGUUUUGUAUUAGAAUCUGUAUCUACCUUUAUUUCCACACUUUAAGACUUAGAUUUUAUUAAUUAACAUAUUCUUGGAAUUACAUUUUUGUAACUAACUUUAUUGUAAGUUGUCAAAGUGACUGGGGAAUUUCCUUGGUUUUGUUACAAAAACACAAGUAGUAUAUUAUCAGCAUAAGUCAGGCUGCUGUCUGAAUUCUAACAUAGGUAUAGACUCCUGCAACCAUUUGGACUUCAGUACAUACAACUUUUGUUCCAGGGUCCUAAUUUUCCCCUGUCCGCUCCAAACUCCUCUCCUCAGGUUAGGUUCUCUUGUGUGUACUCUCUCUCACUCCCAAUCCACAUUGUUGUAAGAUUUAUAGGGAAAGAUUUGGAUCACAGAAGCACCAGGCUUUGCUAGGAGCUGCAGACUUGGUGUUGUAGACUUUAUUUGAGCUGUUGAAGUCAUAGCAUAGGGAGGGUGUGACAGGGUAGGCCACUAUGAUCACUGUUACAAGGUUACAAUAUAUAUUGUACAAAGUAUACCUUGUGUGGUAUCAUCUGAAAAGUCAUAAUCUACUGAUUAUUAUUAUCCUGGUAAAGUGUAGCAACACUAUAUGUAAAGUCAUAAGAGUCUACUGUAUGAUUGGUUUCAGAGUAGCAGCCGUGUUAGUCUGUAUCUGCAAAAAGAAAAGGAGGACUUGUGGCACCUUAGAGACUAACAAAUUUAUUUGAGCAUAAACUUUUGUGUGCUACAGCUCACUUCAUAGGAUGAUUGUUACUGAAAUAUGAUGUUAUUCUGGGGAACACCCAAAAACCAGUUCCUCAGAGACAACAAGGCUGUCACCUAGUUAAGUGAACAUUCUUCAGCAGUGGGAGAAAGUGAACAAGAAAUUUACAUUCCAUCACAGGGAUGGCCUAAAGCUCAAGUCCACAAGAGACAGGCUGUCACCAGAUGACUCAGCUGGAAAUUGAAGAUCUUUCUAGAAUAAAGGACUGAAUUAUAAAAGGGGUGAAAACACUUUAUUCUGCUCCUCUGUUUAUCUCUGAUGGCUACAUUAUCAACAUCUGAACAACAAUAGAAGGACAUACUGAAUUGCUUGGGGUAGUCCUGGCUGGAAAGAAAUCCAGCCUCUUUAUAGCAUGUCAGUGAGAGAGACACAUUUGCUCUGAAUCCAUUUUAGUUUAAAUUAGAUGUCAGUUGCAUUUUAUCUUGUAUUUCUUUUGUAACCGGUUCUGACUUUUAUGCCUUGUUACUUGUAGUCACUUAAAAUCUAUCUUUCUGUAGUUAAUAAACUUGUUUUAUCUAA